AUCGAGAGCAACAAGAGCCCCCAGCAGCAGAACGAUGGAGAGAGGGAGUCCUGGGCGUGGGACGCCCCAGAACAGGGGCAUCGCAGGAGGCUCUCGGCUUGGAGGGGGAGGAGGUCAUCUGGUUCCCGGUGAGUGAGGGCAAAAGACUUGAAUCUCGUGCCAUUUGCAGUGUGGAUGUCGCACCUGUCAGAUGUGUCGCCGCCAGAGACGCCGCAACCGCCACAGGGAGGAGACCUCGGCUAUGUGGUCCCGACAGAGGGUGAGAUCCACGUGAGCAGGUCGUUCUGCAUGCAUCCCUCCCUCUUCCAUUGAUUGACGCCCAUGCAGGUCAGCUGGCGGCUUUGCAGCGUCUCAAGAUCUUCUUCGCCAACAACCCCGGCCUCGCGGACCACCACACCGAGAACGGCCGCCUCACCAUCCCUCUGGACGGAGAGGACGACCUCGCCCUCCAGUUCGACCGGCAGGCGCCCGUUGAAGACUACGUCGACAUGAAUGGGGAGAGGGUGGUAUUGUACGACAAUUCUUGUCCGUACAAGGCCCUCAACAACCUGCUCGGGUUGACGGGAGAGGACAGGCUGCCCAACCACCUCUUCCGGGACGAGCCCGGGCAGCAGAAGAAGGAGAUGGGCGAGUGCGGCGAGUACAUCAACCUCGCCACCGACCACCACGCCAUACGUCUGGCUCAGGUGCUAAGAGGGAGGGAUGUGUGGGUUUCUCGGGAUUCAUUCAUUGGGUCCCUCCAUGUGUCGUGUAUUUUGGUGCAGGUGAAUGGGGAUACCAUGGAGGAGCGCAUCUCGGUGCUGGGCAGCAUGUCGGCCGGGGAGGUGUGUGGGGUGCUGGCGACCACAGAAGUCGCCCUCAUGGGCAACGGCCGCCCCACCGAGACGCACAUCCAGGCCAUCCGACUGCUCGGCAACGGCGUGUGGGCGGACAUGGAGACCAUCACCGAGGUGGCCCCCCGGCAGGCCGUCAUGUCGAACCAGGACGUGGUCGAGCUGCUGAUGCGCGACCAGCCCCACCGGGAGGCCGUCCAGCAGCGCACCCCAUACGCGUACAUGUACUACGAUGUGCUCGUAGUCUUCCGGUCUGACGAGGCGCGGGACACGGCGGCCAACCCCCUGCCUGCACCCAACCCCAUCGCCAUGAUCGCUGACGACGGGCACGGCCACCAGGGGCAGCAGGGGGCGCAGGCUGCGGCGGCGUGGGCUGUAUUGCUGGUGUUGCUCAUGGCCAUCCAGGCAGCGGGUGGUCAGGGCGACGGCGGUGGUGCUGGUGCUGGUGCUGGAGGAAAGGGAGGCGGGAAAAGGAAGAGGGAAAACGACGAGGGCGGCGCACACGAUGGCGAGGCUGAUGACGACGAGCCGCUGGCGCAGCGCCGCAGGCGUCUCAAGCGCCGCGUGGCUCGCCCACAGCCGCACGACGGGUGAGUGAAUCCAUCCAUCCAUCCAUGCAUGCGGCAAUGGAUCCAUCCAUGCGUUCCUUCACGCACACAUCGCCUGUGUGAUGUUUAUGUCUGUUUUCUUUGUACAGGGUGCCCGAUGUAGAGAUGGCUGACGCACCGCAGCAGCAGCCCCCCUACUGGGAGCGACCCUUGGCCUAUCGCCAGGUCCAAGGGCUCUGGGCCGGCAGACUGCGGGCGCGCCGAUGAGUGUGUGAUCCGCACUCAGUCUGGCGAUCCCCACGCAUACUCUGAGACACAGACGGAGAGAGAGAGAGAGAGAGAGAGAGACAAGGGCUGAUCGGUCAGUCGGACGGACGGACGGAUAGAUGGACGGAUGGAUGGACGGAUGGAUGGACAGAUGGAAAGAUGGGUGGGUGCCACGUGGGUGUCGCGUCGGGGCUCGUGUUUUCUUUUGUCUGCUGGUUGUCGGUCGACUCACGGAUGGAUGUCUUACUUUUUUGCCAUCGUUGGGGUGUUUUCUUUGCCGCCAACAAUGGAUUACAUAUGUAUCAUGGUGCUGUGUUUCUUCUGACCCGUCCUCUUUCCUUCCGGUGUGUGCCUGUGUGUGCAGUAUUGGGUCGUCUUUCCCAUGUGCGUGCGGUGGCCGUUAUCUUUGUGGGGGAUUGCGGGAGUGAGGUGUGUGUGUGUGCACAGGCAGG